AUGGACUGGGACUGGGACGCCGCUAUUCUGGAGGUCACGGCCGUGGCCGCAGCUUCACCACAAGACGAAGGAAGCCAGCAGGGUGGGGCAGGCCCGCCGACCCGCAUGCUGCUGGCUUUGCAGGAGCGGUUCGAGGCCCAGGCUCAGGCGAGUGCACGGCGCGAGGCCGAGCUGAUGGCCGAGGUCCGAGGAGCAAAGGCAGAGGCUGCCCUCCUGCGCGACGAGACCGAGCGCCUCCGAGCCGAGCUCGCCCGCGCAGAGUCACUCAAUGGACAGCUCAUCACGUCGCUGCGGCAGGCGGUCCAAUCGCGCGACGCGCGGGCGCUGCGGGCAUCGCCGCACGCACCGGGCGCCCCGCCGGGCGUCCGCGACAUUGCCGCCAAGUUUGGAUCGACGCCAUCCGAGCUGCGCAAGCUCAACGGAGCGUCCACCGAUGCCCGCCUCCUCGCCAAGGCCACCAUUCUCAUCCCCAUUACCUCGCAGGCGCUAGCCUGGGAGAAGAGCCAGCGAUGA